AUGCUUCGACUCUCGCGGGUGGUUCUGCAGGCGGUGGAGAAUAAUGCCCCCAAACUCACCCGCGCCUGUGUGGAGAAAGGCGCCAGGUCGAAGUACACGCCCUGCUCGCUCGUCUUCCCGCCGAAACGCCCGAUGUAUCUCGACGUGCAGGCGACCUCGCCGUUGGAUCCUCGCGUGCUGGAUAGCAUGUUGCCCUUUCUGACGGAGCAGUACGGCAACGUGCACAGCCGCUCGCACGCCUAUGGGUGGCAAUCCGAGGAGGCGGUGGAGUGGGCGCGGGGGCAGGUCGCCACCCUGCUGCACGCGAACCCCAAAGAGAUCUUCUUCACCAGUGGCGCAACGGAGUCGAACAACAUCGCGUUAAAAGGCGUGGCCCACUUCCACCGGGCGCGGAAAAACCACCUCGUGACGGUGCAAACGGAGCACAAGUGCGUCCUGGACUCCUGCCGCGCGUUGGAGAUGGAGGGGUUCGAGGUCACCUACCUCCCGGUCCGGCGAAACGGGCUGGUGGACCUGCGCGUCCUCGAGGAGGCGAUCCGCCCGACGACGUGCCUGGUCUCCUGCAUGGCCGCGAAUAACGAGAUCGGGGUGCUGCAGCCGAUCCGCGCGAUCGGGGAGAUCUGUCGGCGGCGGAAGGUGCUCUUCCACACGGAUGCCGCGCAGGCCGCCGGGAAGAUCCCGAUCGACGUCGAGGCCGACCACAUCGACCUCCUCUCCAUCUCCGGGCACAAGGUGUACGGGCCGAAAGGGGUGGGGGCGCUUUAUGUGCGGCGUCGCCCUCGUGUGCGGCUGCGCUCGCCCGUAAGUGGGGGGGGGCAAGAGCGCGGGGUGCGGAGUGGAACCCUCCCAACGGCGUUGGUGGUGGGGAUGGGGCGGGCCUUUGAGCUCGCGCGGGAGGAGAUGGCGCGGGAUCACGCCCACACCCUCCGCCUCCGCGAACGUCUGCUUCACGGCCUUCAAGCCAAACUUUCCCAUAUCGAGGUGAACGGCGAUCUCGAGCAGCGCCUGCCAAACAGCCUCAACGUGAGCUUCUCCUGCGUCGAAGGGGAGAGUUUGAUGAUGGGGAUGAAGAACAUCGCGGUGUCGAGCGGGAGCGCCUGCACGAGCGCCUCCCUGGAGCCAAGCUAUGUGCUCCGCGCGCUCGGGAUCGAGGCGGAGAACGCCCACACCUCCAUCCGAUUCGGGAUCUCGCGGUUUACGACGGAGCGGGAGAUCGAUAUUACGAUCGAGGAGUGCGUCCGGACGGUGGAGCAGCUGCGCGCGAUGUCUCCCCUAUGGGACUUGAUGCAGGAGGGCAAAACACUCGCCGAUGUGGAAUGGCGGUGA